CUCCCCCCCACAAUCUGCCCCACAAUCUGCUGCGGCACUAUUUUUUGCCUAGAUAGCCACCCAUUUCACUUCUCUCACUGUCACUCGCACACUCUUCCAUACCUCACUCUCUCUUUCUCUCUCACUCACACACACACUCAUCAGUGAUUCCGCCAGAAACCCUUUUCUUGGCCUCCAUUGCUACCGCUAUAACUCUGUGCCACUAAUCUCUUAACCUUUGUCUGAGCAGUAAUGGCGGUUAUAGUGCUCGCAGUGCUGAUGUUGGCCAUGACUGGCCAUGCUAGCUGCACAUGGUGUGUUUGCAAGGAUAUGUCUGAUGCAGUUCUUCAAAAGACUCUGGACUAUGCUUGUGGAGCUGGGGCUGACUGUGCUCCUACCCAUUCAAAUGGCGGUUGUUUCCAACCUAAUACUGUGAAGGCCCAUUGCUCUUAUGCUGUUAAUAGCUAUUUCCAAAAGAAGGGCCAAGCUGCAGGCUCUUGUGAUUUUUCUGGCACAGCUGCCGUUUCUGCAUCUGAUCCCAGUUAUAGUGGCUGUUCUUAUCCGGCUACUGUCAGUGCUGCAGGGACUAGCACAACCACUCCAACUCCAGUGACCACAAAUCCAUCUACCACCACACCCUCAACUACCAACCCAAACACCAAUCCAGUCAACACCACACCGACAACAACUACUCCAUACUCCACAACACCUUCCAAUGGAGUCUUGGGAGGCAUCGGCAACGGCGUAAGUCCAACAGGAGCUGGAAUAAACACAGACAUUGAUGGUGGGUUCAGACUCCCUAACACUAGCUGGUUCUCCAUCUUGGUCACCCUCUUGGUAUCAGGCUUGAUGCUCUUGUGGGGUUAAAAAUACAAACGUAUGGCCUAGAUGGCGGUUGCUUAGGUGGGGUAUGUGCCACGAUUGAUGCUGGAUAUCAAUAUGCAAAUGUAUGCAUGUGAUUCUGCCCUUCGUUUAUGUAUGAACAUGCUAGCUAAGUUUUUGUUUGUUUCUUCUCCACUCCUAUCAGAGCAAAAAGAUGGGCUUCUUAUUCCUUUUUGGUGGUUGUGGUCAGUGGUGGGACAUCUUUGUCUGUAUUUUCCCCCGUGUCUGUACAUCUAGAUUUAGAUCUAGAAAACCAGUAAUUUAUUAGUCUAAUCAGAGUUUGGCACCCACGUUCUUAUUA